GGGAGAUAUUUGAUUUCAUUUCUUCCCUCUUCAGCCCGCUUUCAUUUUCCCUCGGAACAGCCCUCCAGCUUCCCGCCCUCGCCAUUACAGUAUCAAGGGGCCAGCUCCAGCUUAGCGGUGCUCGCAAGCCCUAGAAGUCGUCUAUGGCGUCGACAUCUGCUCCUCGUGGUAUCGGCGCUGCCGCAAGGAUCAAGACAGCGGCUUCUACACUCUACAACGACAACCAAUCUUUCAUUGCUGAUGUUCGAAAGACCCUGAAUCUGGUGAAGGAAGUUGCUGUUGAUUUGGAGAAAGAAGAGCAAUCUGAUAUGGUGAAAGAGCUUGAAGAUGGUUUUGUUGAGUUGUUGGAAGCUUCUGAGAACUAUACACAAUUCUCUUCAGCAAUUCAGUCUGUUGGAAAUGGAUACCAGCCUGAGGCAGAGUUGACAGAUUUCAAAAAGUUGUUUGAGGAUGAGGUUGCAAAGCUCAAGGCUAAUUCUUCUUCAGCUCCACAAAACAGUCCAUUAUUACGUCAUUUCAGGGAAGCUAUAUGGAAUGUUCAUCAUGCAGGACAGCCAAUGCCAGGAGAAGAGCAGGAGGACAUUGUGAUGACCAGCACCCAAUGCAACCUUUUGAAUAUCACUUGCCCAUUAACUGGAAAGCCUGUUACAGAACUGGAAUAUCCAGUCCGCAGCAACGACUGCAAGCAUAUCUACGAACAGAAGGCAGUUGUGCACUACAUGGGAUUGAAGCAUGCGCAACCGCAAUGCCCUGUAGCAGGUUGCCCCAAAUUGCUUCAGAUGGAGCGAAUUCUCUGCGACCCAUUAUUACUUGUUGAAAUUGAUGAGUUGCGUUCAAUGAGUAAACAGACUGUUAGGCCUAACAUUAUAGAAGAUUUCACUGAUCUUGAUGAAGAUUGAGAUUUUGGGAAUGGUUUCUGUAGUCGACUUCUUCUGUAACUUCCGGAGUAUUUUGAACUUCUCCACCGAUGCCUCCAAUCUAACUUGACUCUUCUUUGCUUCUGGAUUAGAGGUUGUAUUAUGUCUCCAUCUUUAUUAUUCUAGUUUCUUUCCAAGUUCAUUUUGAAUAUGGUGGUUAAGAGGGUCAGCAUGGUGUUUUACGUACGAGGCGUGAAGGUGAAUUGAAGGAACAAUUGCUCUAGUUUUGGUGGCUGCCAUCUUAACAGCUUUGUUUAAUUUAUCCAGAGAGAGAGGAGAUGUUCAAUAAUAAUAUUGCUUGAACUGGCCUUUUUAAGACUCAAA